GUUCACAAUCAGAUCAGCAGCAGAAGAAGUUGGUGCAAGUUCGUGUCGUGAGCUCGUCCUGAUUCUCGGUGGUGAAAAGAAAAGGAAAAGCGAAAAAAAAGUGCGGAGCAAGGUUCUCCCCGAAGAUCGUGAUUUGCCGGAAGUGGUCUGUGGGAAAAUGUCCUGAAGUUCGAAGCCGAUCGUGACCGUGGUUCGAGAAUCGUCCUCUUUUGUUUAUGUCGGUUGUCGCGUGUUUUCUUUCUUGCUCCUUCUCCGUCAGUUCGCUCCCUCUCCUUCGAUAAGAUCGUCGAAAGAUGGCUGAAGUGUUCCUUCGGCGCAGCGAGUAAAAUCUUCUGGCCUACUGUUUUGUUGUUUUGCUGACCAGUGCACGUUGUUUUACGUUGAGUUAAGAAGAAAAAAAAGCGUUGAGUGUUUGUGAUCUGAUCGUGGUUGGCCGUGUACGGGCUUGGAUGUGAAUUUUGACAGAGGAAGAAAAGUUCGAGGAAAAUCAGGCGGAAGAAGACAAGAUGGCCAGCACCAGUGCCACCCAGGACACGCAGGCCGCGACCCAGACGCAGCAGUCCGGACUCCCCUGGAGCCAGCUGGAGAGUCAGCCGAUUCAACAGAUCUGGGGACGGCUGUACGCCAAGAGCCUGAAGAUCACCAGCCUCGGUACUAAACAAGCUCUGCCCGUCGUUUCCCCGACCGUGUCGGAAAAUUACGACCUCUGCGAGGAGGUGUUCAAAGCCGGCCGGGUUGAGGAUAAUCAACUGUGCAUUGACAAAACUCAUCUGCCGGAGAAGAUGCUGGCGCGGAUCAGCAAGGUGCACUUUACCAUCCACAAGGACAUCAGCGACCUGCUGAAUCCGGUGUACAUUGAGGACUGCUCGCGCAACGGCACCUACCUGAACGAGAAGCUGAUCGGCACGGGCCGGCGGAUGAUCCUGAAGAACAACGACGUGAUCGGGCUGGCGCACGCCACCUACAAAGCGCUGCAGUUCAAGGAGGUCAGCCGCAACCAGGACGAGCUGCAGUAUCUGCCGAGCGCCAUCCGCGACAAGUACUACGUGGGCAAAAAGCUCGGCUCGGGAGCGUGCGGCGUGGUGCACCUGAUCUUCGACACGGUCAGCUGCCAGCCGUACGCCAUGAAGCACGUGGUGAAGAAUCUGCUCGUGGAGAGCACCCGGCCCCGUAUCCUGAACGAGCCGAACCGGGUCAUGAACGAGGUCAACAUCAUGAAGGCGUUGGACCACCCCUGCGUUAUCAAAAUGCACGACAUUGUAAACAGGCCCACCUCGGUUUGCAUGGUGCUGGAGUACAUGGAGGGUGGCGACCUGUUGACGCGAAUCACCAGCCAGAAGGCCCUCUCCGAACAGACCUCGAAACUGUUCUUCCUCCAGAUGUGCCUCGCCGUACAGUACCUGCACGCCAAAGGAAUCACCCACCGUGAUCUCAAGCCGGACAACAUCCUGCUCCAGGAUAGCAACGAGGAGACCCUGCUGAAGGUGUCCGACUUUGGACUGUCCAAGUUCGUGCACACCGACUCGGUGAUGCGAACGCUGUGCGGAACGCCCCUCUACGUCGCGCCCGAAGUGCUGAUGACCGGCGGCCGCGGCACGUACACCAGCAAGGUGGACAUCUGGUCCCUCGGCGUAGUCCUGUUUACGAUGCUGAGCGGCACGUUGCCCUUCUCGGACGAGUACGGCAGCCCGGCGACGGAACAGAUCAAACGGGGCAAGUUUUCCUUCCGCCACCGCAUCUGGCGCUCGGUUUCGGCCCCCGCCCGCAAGCUCAUCAUGGACAUCCUGACGGUGGACCCCAAGUGUCGACCCUCGCUCGAGCAGAUCAUGCAGAGCACGUGGAUGCGCGACCCGGACGUCACCCGGAAGGCCGAGAAGCUGAUGGGGAUGAAGGUGAACGGGGGCGCCGGCAAGAAACCGUCCACGUCGUCCGACAUUGAGAACAACAACGAGAAGGUGUUUGCCGAGCCGCCCAAGAAGCGCCAGCGCACCAAGUGACUAGAGACGGGUUUGCGGGAGGAUAGCCGUUCGGACAUUCCGUUACGGGUACGCGUGAGGAAGGGAGUUAACGUUAAACUGAGUAUUCGAGAGUGAUAGCGAGAGAAAGAGCUGAAUUCCAAAACAAGAGUUAGAGAGAUAGAGAGAGAAAACCGCGCGUUGAUUGUGUCGAUCCUUGCGUAAUUUGUUGUUGAUUUGAACUGAUUAAGCACAUUUAUUAUUUUUGAUCGCGCGCGCGCGCUCCAGAGCUUCCCUUAGUUACAAAACGGCACAGCAGAGAAAAAGCGCCCUCGAAAA